AUGGGCGGGAUCAUCAACACGGGGCACGAUCGGCCGUACCGGUUCUCGUUCUACUCGAACGCGCUCUCGCAGACGAUCCACGCGCGCUCGCUCUCUGAGCUUCCGAGCGAGGGGCAGACGUUCGAGGACCUGUUUUCGGGCAUGCAGACGCCGGUCCCGCCGCCUCCGGGCUCAGGUUCGGGGUCGAACAGCAGGGGGACGACAGCGAAUGCGAAUGCAAGGCUGGUGGGCGGCGGAGACGAGUACCAGGGGAAGACGUGGUGGCUCGAUGUGCUCAGCCCGACGGAUGAGGAGAUGAGGGUUCUCAGCAAGGUAUUCGCGAUCCACCCUUUGACGACGGAAGAUAUCCAGAUGGAAGAGGCGCGCGAGAAGAUCGAGCUCUUCCGGAACUACUACCUCGUCUGUUUCCGCAGCUUUGACCAGGACCCGUACAGCCCGACGCACCUCGAGCCGCUCAACAUGUACAUCAUCGUCUUCCGCGAAGGUAUCCUUUCGUUCCACUUCCGCCCAACCCCGCACCCGCAAAACGUCCGCCGCCGUAUCAAGCAGCUCAAGGACUACAUCUCCGUCACGUCCGACUGGAUCUCGUACGCGCUUAUCGACGAUAUCACCGAUGCCUUUGGCCCGCUGAUCCAGAGCAUCGAGUACGAGGUCGACUCGAUCGACGAGCUCGUGCUCAUUCUCAAGGAGACGGAGCAGAGCGACAUGCUCCGGCGCAUCGGCACGUGCCGCAAGAAGGUCAUGGGCCUGCUGAGGCUGAUGGGCAACAAGGCGGACGUGGUGAAGGGUCUGGCGAAGCGAUGCAACGAAAACUGGAGAGUCGCGCCGACGAGCGAUAUUGGCCUCUACCUCUCCGACAUCCAGGACCACUUGAUCACGAUGACGCAGAACCUGAACCACUACGAGAAGAUCCUCUCGCGCUCGCACUCCAACUACCUCGCCCAGAUCUCGAUCGAGAUGACGGACGCGAACAACCAGAUCAACGACGUGCUCUCCAAGAUGACCGCGCUCGGCACCGUGCUCAUCCCCAUGAACCUCGUCACCGGCCUGUGGGGCAUGAACGUGCACGUGCCCGGCCAGGACGUCCCUGGCUACGCGUGGUUCAGCGCCAUUGUCGGCGCCCUCGCCACCUUUGCUGUCAUCGGCGGCUACACGACGUACAAGUUCAUGAUCAGAAGGUAA